AUGAGUGUGUUGGCAUAUCCACGUAAAAACGAUGAGGAAAUUUUUCGUCAGUGCACAAAGGAUUGUGGCGUUGUGACGGCCACCGAGGAUUUUCAGUAUUUUGCAUUAUGCUGCAUUUUUUGCAGCGAGAAGUUUCUCUACUUCGAUGCGUUCAUUGGCCACAUGCAAACUGUGCACAUGGAGGAUGCACAGCGCAGCACUGAGGGUCCCAGCCCUGGCAAUAGCUUGCCUUUCACCAUGGGCCAGCCCAUGUCGCUGGGCAUAGCCGAUGGCGAUGACGAGGAGGAGGCACAUCAUGGCUAUGGCAACGGUGGCAUGCACCAGUUUGAUGAGAUCGAAGACUUGACCGAUGCAGACACUGCCCUGCUGGAGCCCCAAAUGGUUAUCAAACAGGAGCUGCAAGAGCUCGAAAGCAGCGACAACGAGGAUGAGGACGAUAACCUGGCGGUGCCCGAUGACAAUGACAACGAUGAUGUCGACGACGAAACCGAAGCUAUACUGCCCGAAAGCGACAUACCCACAGCCAGCGCCAGGUCACGCAUGAAACUGACGCAGCCACCGCCGCCAUAUUCAGCCAGGCGUAGUGUCCACAGAUUGGCUGUUAAGAACGAGCCGCUGGCAGCCGACGCGGAUGACUCCAUGGAUGAAUAUGCCGAUGGCGAACAAAGCUAUAUGGACGACAAUUCCGGCGAGUAUCCAGACUACAGCAGCAGCAGCUACAAUGCACAGAGCAGCAAUCCGCUUGGCGGUGAAUCCGAUUUCCUGAGCUAUGAUGAAAUGGUCGAAGAAUCGCUGAUUGGUCGCGAUCGGGAGCUAACCAUGCACAUCAAGGAUCGCAAGAUGAUACAAUUCCUGAUACACUCGUACAAGCGCAAUCCAUUCCUCUGGGAUCACAGUCACGCCCAGUUCCGGGAUCGCAUUAAGCGUGCACGCUUCCUUGACUGGAUUGUCCUCGAGUUCAAAAACCGUUUCAAUAUCUCUUUGGCCAAGGAUGCCAUCACACGCAAAUGGGAUAAUCUGCGCACCGUCUACAAACGCGAAUGCAAUCGCAUGGCCCUCGAAAAGACAAACAUCAGCACGCUGUGGUAUUUCAAGGAGUUGCACUUUCUCAACGAGGUCUAUAGCUACAAUUCAAAGAUGUCCGAUGCCGUUGUUAAGGAAACAUCUUAUAGACGUCGCUUUUCGGCCAUUUGGAAUGACACGUCCACCGCCAAGCUGUUGGUCAUGGUGAAGCGGUAUCAGUGCUUUUACAAUCGUUUCGAUCCCGACUAUCGCAGCAAGGAGCGUCGCGGCGAGGGCCUGCAACAGAUGGCGAUGGAGCUGCAGCAGUUAAUUGAUGUGACCACCAUACAGAUAUCGAAGCGAAUCUCUCAGCUGCGUUUCGAUUAUUCGAAACAGAAAAUGGAGCGCCUGAAUGCGGAACGCCUGGGUCGAAAAUUUAUACCCAACUACAUAUAUUACGAUCAGAUGAGCUUCAUGGACGAUGAUAUACCGCCAUUCAAAUGCCAGCAUUGCGGCGAAAUUGUGCAAACGCUGCGCGAACUGGACCUGCACAUGCUCAGCCAUCAGCCGAGCCUAGGCGGCGGCUACUAUUGCAACGUGUGCAACAUACAGUUCAAUAAUGCGGAUGAGUUUGAGAAUCACAAACAAUUGCAUUUGGGCGCCGGCAAUGAGGUCAAAUACAAUUGUGAAUUGUGCACCGCCAGCUUUCGGGAAAAGUCAAACUAUGAUGAGCAUUUGCGUCGACACAACGAUGAGCUUUUCCUGCCGACACUGGCCCUGAAUCACAGCAUACUCGACAGCGCCAGCGGUGAGGCUGACGUUGCUGCUGGCGUUGACACAUCAGCUGCUGCUGGUUCUGGCGCCGGCGAUGAGGAGGAUAUGUUUCCACCGGACGGUCCCAAGCCGUUCGGCUGUGAGGUGUGCCAUCGGACAUUCGCGACGCCGGGCCAUCUGAAUGCGCAUCGGAUUGUGCAUCAGGAUGAGCGGGAGCGUUGCUACAAGUGCGACUAUCCGCAGUGCAGUAAAUCGUUUGUGUCGCGGCACAGCCUGUUCGAUCAUCUGAAGCAACAUUAUAGCAACGAGGAGUUCAAAUGCGAUAUCUGUGGCAAGAUCUUCAAGUCCACCAAGAAUCUGCAGAACCACAAGCAAAUCCACGAUAAAGUCAAGCGCUACGUCUGCCAGAUAUGCGGCUCGGCAUUCGCCCAGGCCGCUGGCCUUUACCUGCACAAGCGUCGUCACAAUCGUCCCAAUGGCACCACCGGCGCCGUUGGGGGACGCUCCAGCCGCACCACGCUGUGAGCGGUCCGUACGCUAAUCCUGACUCCAUCAUUUGCCUGAAUAGACACAGACACACACACACACACAAACACACACACAGAGAUACGCGAACAGUUCUAAAUUAUUGCAAUGUCCUCCAAUGCCAAUGUGCGGCAGCUAUUUUAAAAGCCUUUUAAUGUAUUUAAUUAAUUUUAUUUGUAUUAUUAUAGAAUUCGUUUACUAUUAAUAAUUUUAUUAUUUUGAAUUAUAUAUAUAUAUAAAUAUAUAUAUAUAUAUAUUAAUUUUUUUUUUUUUUUUGUUAACCCAUUCACAUUUGUACUUAAGUUUAAAAGUAUUUACAAAUUGUCCGUAACUAAGCCAAGAACUUUAAUAGAUCUAAGACACACAAACUAUAUCUUAUAUAUAUACAUAUAUAAAUAUAUAUAUAUAUAUAUAUAUAUGUAUGUAUAUAUAUUUGGGCAUCUGCCGUCUCGCUCGCACGGCAGCUGGAGUGCUCGUUUUGGUGGCAAUGUCAACAAAUUGAAUGCAAACAAUAUUUUUUUGUCAUAUAAAAUGUAUACAAACUAUAUUUAUAUAUAUAUAUGAAACGAUAUGAAAUGAACAAUGCAAAAGACAUUUCCCCCAAAAUGCGCAAAAUGGUGACUAAACAGAUCUUCGACGAGGCAACGAGGCAAACACAUUCCACACUAGUUAAAUGAUAAAUAAGUGUCAAAAAAACGUAAAACAAAAAACAAAAAAUAACAAGUAUUUCUUAAAGUAUUCUAUGUACAAUUAUGUAUGCAUACAAUCUAUAUUUAUUUAAAAUGCGUGUGCGAGUCGCGAAAACAAAACAAAACAAAAACAAAAAAGAAAAGAAAAUGGAAAGAAACGGAAAAAGAAAUUGUAACUGGAGUUGCGCAUGCGCAGGGCCAUUUAAUUGAAACAACAACAACAACAAAAACAACAACAACAAAAACAAAAUCAUGAAAAACAGCAACAAUAACAAUAACAGUUACUAAGCUCAGCACUAUUGCAUUAACAUAAUUAUAAUACAUCCAACUAGUUUUAGUUAACAACAUAAACGACUGAAUCUGAAAAAAUA